AUGACAGCGGCGGUGGUGGACGUGCACUCGGAGGGGCUCCGGCAAUUGGAGCGAGCGGAGCGUCUGGUGGAGGUUGGCUCCAGCGGCCCAAGGAGUCGGAGAACCGCGGUGCACAAGUCGCUGGAGCAGCUCUUUGGAGAGGCGCGGCUGAGGUCGCAGACGUUCUCCGGAGCAAACGCCUUUGCAUCCACCUCCUCCCUGCCUCGGCUCCUUCAGACGCCACAAGCGCAGAGGCUAGAGAGGGACAUUGCAGACUUCACCCUGGUACCACAAGCUGCGCCGGGCGCUGCUCUGCCUCGGGCGGACGCUGAGCAGCCGUCCUUGGGCCUCCAGGAGUUCUUCGGCUUGCGUCACGAGCGCGUGAUCGUGGAAACCGUCGAG